UUUCUUCUUGUCCAUACAAUUUUUCUGUCUCUGUCGCUUAAGUCCCACAAAAAUGUGAACUCUUUCUCUCUUCGUUGAAUUCGCAGGAUGUCCACCUCUAUGCCGGUUUCCAUGGCCACAUCAGUGUCACACUCUCUACCCUUUUCACUUCCCAAACUGAAACCACCCGCUCUCUCCCCUUCACUCUUCCGCCGCACGUUUUUCCCCAACUCAACUCUCAACACCCUCUCCGGCCGCACCAUUUCCUCCAUUACUUUCCCACCAAGGCUCACUAUCCCAACCCAUAAAGCCAGGCACGUGCCGCCAAAAUUCUCCCAAGCCGACACCGGAAACACCUCCAACUCCUCCUCGCUCACCCACACGGUUUUUGGUGUUCUUCACUUGGUCGUGUCCCUUGGCCUUAUUCUGGCGGCGGACAAGUUUCUGAAGCAAGCAUUCGUGGCCGCCGCGAUCAAAUUCCCGAGCGCCUUGUUUGGGAUGUUCUGCAUAUUCUCGGUUCUGAUUACUCUCGACGCCACCGUGCCCUCUGCGGCUACGGCAUUGGUGAGCUUCUUCGAGCCGGCGCUUUUGUUCAUCCAGAGAUGGCUUCCGCUUUUCUAUGUUCCCUCUCUCGUUGUUCUGCCCCUUGCCGUCAAAGAUGUUCCCGCUGCCUCUGCCCUCAAAAUUGGCCUUAUUUUAGUUGGAGGAUGGUUGGCUACACUCUGUGUCGCUGGUUACACGGCUAUAGCAGUAAGAAAAGCUGUGAAAACAGAACUGGUAGAAGCUGAGCCUAUGGGAAAGCCGUCUCCAUUUUCUGCCUUUGAAGUGUGGACAUGGACUGCUGUUCUCAUUAUAUCUUUUGUUUCUGCAUUGUUUUACCCUACAUCACUUGGUACAAGUGCCAGAACAUGCCUUCCGUUUUUGCUUGCAGCCACAGUGUUAGGCUAUAUGGUUGGCACCAGGUUACCAUCGGGUGUGAAAAAGGUCUUCCAUCCUAUAAUUUGCUGUGCAUUAUCAGCAGAUCUGACAGCUUUAGCUUUCGGGUAUUUUUCCAAGUCAGGGAUUGAACCUGUGCUAGGAUAUUACCUUACAAAGGCAUCCUCUAAUCCUGGAGCUGGUGAUAUUUUAAUGGGAUUUUUGGGAUCUGUCAUUCUAUCAUUUUCCUUCUCUAUGUUCAAGCAAAGAAAGCUUGUGAAACGACACGCAGCUGAGAUUUUCACCUCUGUCAUCAUCUCAACAGUAUUCUCACUGUAUUCAACUGCCUUAGUUGGACGUCUUGUUCAAUUAGAACCAUCUUUAACUGUGUCCAUUCUACCCAGAUGUAUCACAGUGGCAUUGGCCCUCAGCAUUGUAUCUUUGUUUGACGGUGCCAAUUCAUCUCUCACAGCAGCUGUGGUUGUUUUAACUGGUCUGGUUGGUGCAAAUUUUGUGCAAGCAACACUUGAUAGACUCAGUUUUCGUGACCCAAUUGCUCGGGGAAUAGCAACUGCGUCCAGUGCCCACGGGCUUGGAACAGCAGCUUUGUCUGCCAAGGAACCUGAGGCUCUCCCAUUUUGUGCCAUUGCUUAUGCUCUUAAUGGUAUAUUUGGAUCUCUUCUUUGUUCGAUUCCGGCUGUCAGAGAAAGCUUGCUUGCAAUUGUGGGCUGAAAUUGUCAUUUAUGUGACCACCUGCCGCUAUUCAUUCCUUCCGUAAUAACCCACAGUGCUUAUCUGAUGGCUGCACAACAAUGUAUAUGAACCAUUUAUUCAGUGACGCCAUUAUGUCAAUUGUAUAGAUAACAAUUAUCCAUUUAUUUAUUAUUUAUUUAUAUUCUA